UCUUCUUCCUCUUCACCUGCUAACCACCAGCUGUUGCUAGCUGUCUCUCUCUCCUCUUGUCAUGUGACCUCCCCUCCCAUCCCCUGCUCCCCCUCCCUAUUAUUUCUCUCUCCCCCUGUCCCUAUCAUUCCAUUGCCCGAUUUAGCGCAGGAGCCGGACCGACCCGGCCCCCUCGCCAUCCACUCGCCGUUGUUUUCGCAGCAGCGGCGGCGGCGGCGGCGGCGGCAGGAGCAGCAGCAGCAACAAACACGCGAGCGAAAACGAGGGCCGCACAAUCUCCGGCACCCGCCGUCCUACCUACAUUAGUGUCCGGGGCGCUCGGCGACGGGGAAGGUUUCGGGCGUCGCGCCAUCGAUCGCGGGCGCGCAUUCGCGUUGAUCCCCGGGCCAGGCUCCCUUCCCGGCCAUGGCGCAGCUGCCGCCCAAGAUCCCAACCAUGGCGACAGCUUGGCCGGAGUUCGGGGGCGGGCACCACCACCACGCCCACGGCCACCAUCACCAGCGCAGCCCUUCCAUGGGGGCGUUCCUCGCGGCGCCAUUGCCGCCGUUCCCGCUCCCGCCGCCGGCGCCGGCGAACGGCGGGGCGCACCAGCAGCAGCAGCAGCAGCCUUCCUGGGUCGACGAGUUCCUCGACUUCUCGGCUGCCAAGCGCGGCGCGCACCGCCGCUCCGUGAGCGACUCCGUGGCCUUCCUCGAUCCCGUUGCCGACGACAAUGCCGGCGUCGGGGCGCACGACUUCGACCGCCUCGACGACGACCAGCUCAUGUCCAUGUUCUCCGACGACCUGCAGCCGCCACCACCGCAGCAGCAGCCUGCCGCGCCCGCGGCGAGCGCGUCGUCGCCGUCGGACCACAACAGCAUGAAUGACGAGAAGCAGGACAAGGGCGAGACAGAGGAGGCGCAGAGCGAGUGCGACGGCGCCACGCCGGGGCAGCCGGCCUCCCCGGCCACCGUUGAUCCCAAGCGUGUCAAGAGGAUCCUGGCGAACCGGCAGUCCGCGCAGCGGUCGCGCGUGCGCAAGCUGCAGUACAUCUCCGAGCUGGAGCGCAGCGUCACGUCGCUCCAGACGGAGGUGUCGGCGUUGUCCCCGCGCGUCGCGUUCCUCGACCACCAGCGCUCGCUGCUGACGCUGGGGAACAGCCACCUCAAGCAGCGCAUCGCCGCACUCGCGCAGGACAAGAUCUUCAAAGAUGCUCAUCAGGAGGCACUGAAGAAGGAGAUAGAGAGGCUGCGGCAAAUCUACCACCAGCAAAGCCUCAAGAACGCGGAAUCCACACCGGCCGACGCGGCCGCCCCGGUCCGCGGCAGCGACAAGGCCGACCUGAUCGCCAGCGAGGGGACCGCCGCGCCCGCGGCCUCGUGAUCGAUCGGCCGAGAUCCGGACGCGCUGUAUGUAGUGAGGUGGCGCUGGCCUCGGCGCCGCGGCAACCACGAGCGUUGCCGCGGGCUGGCCGGCGCCAUGUUAGGUUUGGUGCAUUGUUUGGGUUUGCAUUCUUUGGGGUGUAAUGUAACAUGGAUUUGUUCAUUCAGGUUGCUUUGUUCAUUCUUGUGCAUCCUCUGCUUCUGCUCCUGAUUCUUCUCUACUUCCCUGAUUUGUAAUUUUAUUCCGGCAUUUUGGGCGAAGGUUGUAGCUAAGAAUUGUAAUUCAGAUUGGGUGAGGUCAAGUGUUUUGUUUGCCUGGUUUUUUUUGUUGUUGUAUCUGAUAAAUCAAAUGUAAUGUUUCUUCGUUUUACCCUUGUAUGUAUGUAUUUACAGCUAUUAGUAUAUUGCCCAUACGUUGCAAUCAA